AGAAGGUGGAGAGAGGAUGAGGCCGGUUGUUUACUGACCUGAUUAGAUUGUGGGUUUCUAACUGUGGACUCGGGGUCAGGGGCCAGUGGGCGGCACAGUUGGGCCCCUCACAGGAAACAGCAGGUUUGAGUGUCUCAGUGAGGACCGGUCAUCAUGAGGAGCUGCUGCAUCGUCUGGACGCUGCUGCUCAGCAUCGCUGCUGCUGCAGUGUUUGUGGAGAAACGUGAAGCGAACACGCUGCUGCCGAGGAGCCGUCGAGCAAACAGCGGCUUCCUGGAGGAGCUAAAGCAAGGAAACCUGGAGAGAGAGUGUAUCGAAGAAACCUGUGACUACGAAGAAGCUCGAGAGGUGUUCGAAGACGACCACAAGACGAGACAGUUCUGGCUGACGUACGACCGUCGUGACCCGUGUCUGGAGAACCCGUGUGAGAACAACGGAACAUGUGUUUACGUGGGAACCAGCUAUGACUGUCAGUGUCCUGAGGGAUUUGAAGGACGAUACUGUCAGACAGUGUUUGAAGACUCACUAAAGUGUCUUUACCUGAAUGGACACUGUCAACAUUUCUGCGACGGCUCCGGACAAAGACGUAAAUGUUCCUGCGCUGACGGAUACAAACUGGCCGACGAUGGACGACAGUGUGUAGCUCAAGUGGAGUUUCCCUGCGGUCAGCUGGCUCCACAGGAAACGGGCCUGAACCAGAGCAUCGUGAUUCAGACCCGACUGGUGGGAGCCAACCACUGUUCCAGAGGAAAGUGUCCCUGGCAGGUUCUGGUUCAGUUGAACCAGACCAGUCACUGUGGAGGAGUUCUGAUUCGCCCAGACUGGGUCGUCACUGCGGCCCACUGUAUCCAUGGCAACAACCCGCAACACUUUGUUGUGGUGGCAGGAGAAAACAACCUGGAUGUAGAAGAAGGCACAGAGGAAAGGGUUCCUGUUGCCAUGGCAAUUAUCCAUCCAAGUUACGACGUGGCGACCAGCGACAGUGACGUCGCUCUGCUUCGUUUACACCGGACCGUCACCUUGAACGGCCACGUCAUCCCCGUGUGCCUUCCCACCAAAGACCUGGCAGAGCGGGAGCUGCUGCUGAGCCGAUACCACACGGUGUUGGGCUGGGGCAAGAGAACCAGCGGGGGCAACGUUGAGUCCGCCGGUGCCCCGCCCGGUGCUCCGGUCUCCCCCAACCUCCGCAAGAUGACCGUCCCCAUCAUCCAGAACUCGCUGUGCUCCUCCAGAGCCGGGAUAAACUUCACCAGCAACAUGCUGUGUGCCGGGUACCUGGAGGGCGGGCAGGAGAGUUGCCGUGGAGACGACGGCAGCCCGCUGAUCACGGAGUACAGCUCCACCCACUUCCUGACGGGUGUGGUGGGUUGGGGGCGGGGCUGUUCACAGCCUGGGUAUUAUGGGGUGUACGCCAACAUGGCCAACUUUGUGGACUGGGUGGAGCACACCAUAAAAGCUCCGCCCACCACCAUGACAGCCGCUGAGAAGCCGGUGUAAACAGAAAGUGGUUCCCGAGAAGAAGAUCUGUUGUAAUUCUUUAUCUGAUCGUGAUGUUGAGGUUCCGUCUGAAUGACGACUGUGAAAACAAAAUGAAUAAAGCUUGUUAUCAAUGUAA